AAAUUUUUAAGUGCAGAGUAUUCAAAAUUGUAAUGAAUAAUAACGCCUUGUUGUCGUUAAUUCUAAGCAUUAUCCCCGUGGUGGCUAUUGGGUUUGUUUGUUUUUUAGUGUGUUAUAAAGUGUACAUAAAAAUUCGAUCCUGUUUUCAUAUUACCGUGAAUUGUUGGUUUUGCAAUCAAAAUACCAAAGUUCCGUAUUUGGAAUCGAAUAGUUGGACAUGUCCGUCCUGUGAACAAUAUAAUGGCUUUAAUAAAGAUGGCGAUUAUAAUAAAGAAAUCUAUGAGCAGCUAAAUUGUAGUCAAAGUACAGAACGUUUCACGGCAAAUCAAUAUUCGUCACACAUCCUCUCGGUUAAUAUCCAUAACGGUUUCUGUGAUAAUUGUAAUGAAGCGCAACGUUUGAAAGUGGAAAAAUUGUCUCAAUUUCAACCAAAGUAUGAGAAAUACUUCGACCAGGAAUUAAAAGUGUAUAAAUCUCAUUUAGAAGAGCAAUAUCGGUUAUGUGCAACAUGUGAUCGUCAUCUCAAAAAGGUUUUACACGAGAAAAAAAAAAUGGUUUUGGGUUCGAAAUUUCUUGAUUUUAUUAUUAAAGGAGCCGAGACUUUGCGGCAACCGCAUUCUAGCCAAAUACAUUACAUGAAACAGCAAUUAUGGAAACAACGCUGUCAUAUUUUGAUCGCCACAUUUACAGUAGUGAACACUCUGUGUCUAACGGUUUCUCUACCUUCAAUAAGUAAAGAACAUAUUACUUACUUAAUUGGCAACUCAGCGGGGCAUUACAUCUUCAUGGCCAUUUCUCAUAUCCUGACACUAAAGCGGAUUUUUUUGACAUAUUUUCAAUUGUUGUGUAAUCAUCACAUGGCUUUGAAGGUAACUUUAUUUUGUCGCACUGUCUUUAUGAUGAUUAUGUAUUCAAUGGGCUUGAGAGUAACACACUUCAGCAUGACUUCAAUGUAUAUGAGCAUGUGCCCGUUUGGUGUAAUAAUGCUUGCUUUCAUACAUAACAUGAUGGAUGGUUUUCGGUUAACGCGAUAUACAUUCCUGCUCGCUCUUUGGAGCGUAUUGGCUGCUGGAUUAGUAGAACAAGCCUACCUUCCGUCUAAUGCAUUAUUAUUUCUUUCUUCGCUGUUGACCUUAAUUUUGAUAUAUACCACCAACACGGACACAUCUCCAGAAUCGCCUGACACUACUGCAAAUAGUUUUCAUAAACUUUACUCUGAAGAUCUUUUAAACGAUGAUGAUGCCAUUAACUCUCUAAAUCAACUUAAUGGAAAUUGCGCCUCCAUAAAAAGUAUUCACUCAUUCCGUUCGUUUAAAACUCCUUCCCCUCUAAAGUCUAUGGAGAAAUUAUCCCCCGUAACCUCCUCAGCAUUUUCAUUACAUCAAAUGCCACAUGGAACCGCAACAACAAAUUCAAGCUUUCGUAGUUUUGCUGAGCGACCGACAUUCCCUAAACAAUCGUACUUUUCAAGCGGACCGCAAUGUUGUUACGGUUCUAUCCAUGAUUUCCGUAACGGCUAUAGGCCAGAAAAUGGCAACUUUACAUUAAACGGAUCCAUUACAAACAAUAGUGUUUUCAAUUCUUCUUUCAUAGAGCCACAAACACAUUUUUCUAACUGCAAUACAACUAACAAAAGCUUCCUUACAGCUUCGAACAACUCUAUAUACUUAAGAGAUAAUAAUCCUUUUACCCCUCAACCGAUGCCCGGAAUGCUUACACCCUUUUCAUUGUCAAGCAAUUCAAUUUACAGCGAAGCCCAUGCAACGAGAAGCAAGUUAUUGUCACCUACUCGUUUUAGUGUCAAUAGCUUAAUGUCAAGUCCUUCAUGUGAUGUAUCCUGGCUAUCGGGUGGCUAUUUCAAUCAACAACCAAUGACAAAAAAUUUAAUUAAUACCGCUAUUGAUGAGAACAUGUCCCGAGCUUCAUCACAUUCUUCAGGUUUUGAGUCACAGAACGGGCGCUUUAACAUAUCAAGGGAGAAUUCUUGUUGCCCCGAUAUUAACGAUAUUCAUCAACGCACCUUAACCUCAGAAGAUGCAAAUGGUUUUCAGCCUAUUGAGUCACCUAAAUCCAAUGGCAGCUACUACUCGCAAAGACCUUCGGUACUAAAAUCCUCCUCCCUUAGUUUGAAUUCGUGCAGCUCUAACAAUAACGACAUAUGGAAAACUCCACAGCCAUCUUUGAACCGAAAAACCAACAUAACUCGUAACACAGAAGACUCUUUUAAUUUAAAUAAAAUCAAUGAACAAUUGCCAAUCAUUACAACGGGUGAUUUGCUUAAAAAGUGAAAAGAAACGUGAAAAUAGGCAACACUUUCCCCGCCUUUUUCCAAUUUAUUUCGUUUAAGUUGAUAUAUUUCUGUUUAUAACUAGUAUUUUAGCAAUCGGGAACAUGUAGUUUAGAUAUUUUCGAAAGCAGGACAAGAAAGUGAACAAGUAGCUGUUGGAAAUAUGUUGGUUUAGUAUAAUUAUUCUUAAUUAAGUCUAUUAUCUGCUGUUUUUCGUUUUGUAUUGUUUUUAUAAAUCAACUGUUUCAUUUUGCUGAUUAUGUAAAGUUAAUUGAUGAAUUUUAUUAGUAAAGAAAAAGUACACCAAAACUCAUAUAUUAAAGUAUUUGUCACUGCCCCUCAAAGUUAAUGAGUUGAUG